GAUAGUAAUAGUAUUGACUGCACAGAACCAUUGUGAGAAUUAAAUGACAUAUGCACUCAAGUACACAGUGAUAAUCGAAGCUCCUACUUUACAUCUUUCUCUAGAAAUGUGAAAAUGGUUAUGACCAGCAGGUGUCUCUGGUGACUGUAUGGUAUGAUGUGCAAGCUUGUCGGAAUAUUCCUGAUGUAGCCUCAACUGUUUAUAGACGCCCUCAGGAAAUCUUGGCUGAAUUGACAACCUUAAACUUUUUUCAAGCUGGGAAAGAACAUUUGAGGACAGACCAUGAAGCUGAAAGAACUUGAGCGGCCAGCUGUCCAAGUGUGGAGCCCAGCCAGCCAGUACCCUGUGUAUCUGGCCACAGGAACAUCUGCCCAGCAACUAGACGCCUCCUUUAGCACAAAUGGCACGUUGGAAAUCUUUGAGGUUGAUUUCAGGGACCCCUCUCUUGACUUGAAACGCAAGGGAGUCCUUUCCGCCUCCAGCAGGUUUCACAAGCUGAUCUGGGGGAGCUUUGGCAAUGGGCUUCUGGAAGGCUCCGGGGUUAUUGCAGGCGGCGGGGACAAUGGCAUGCUUACUCUAUACAAUGUGACUCACAUCCUGUCUUCGGGAAAGGAACCUGUGAUUGCCCAGAAACAGAAGCACACGGGGGCUGUCAGAGCUCUUGACUUUAAUCCUUUCCAGGGCAACCUCCUGGCCUCAGGGGCCAAUGAUUCUGAAAUCUUCAUUUGGGAUUUGAAUAACCUGAGUGUGCCAAUGACCCCAGGAUCCAAGUCACAGCAGCCCACAGAAGACGUCAAGGCACUCUCUUGGAACCGUCAAGUUCAACACAUUCUGUCUUCUGCUCACCCCAGCGGCAAGGCAGUCGUAUGGGAUCUCAGGAAGAAUGAACCUAUCAUCAAAGUCAGUGAUCACAGCAACAGGAUGCACUGCUCAGGCCUGGCCUGGCACCCAGUCAUAGCCACGCAGUUGGUUCUGUGUUCAGAAGAUGAUCGUCUUCCAGUGAUUCAGCUGUGGGACUUGCGCUUUGCCUCCUCGCCCCUGAAGUUGCUGGAGAGUCACAGCAGGGGAAUCUUGUCAGUGUCCUGGAGCCAGGCUGAUGCUGAGCUGUUGCUCAGUAGUGCCAAGGACAACCAGAUCUUGUGCUGGAACCUGGGGAGCACUGAGGUGGUAUAUAAGCUACCUACACAGAGCAGCUGGUGCUUUGAUGUGCAGUGGUGCCCUCGGGAUCCUCCAGUGUUCUCUGCUGCCUCCUUCGACGGCUGGAUCAGUUUGUACUCUGUGAUGGGUAGGAGCUGGGAAGUCCAGCAGAUGAGACAGGCUGACAAGAUCUCUUCUUCCUUCAGCAAAGGCCAGCCUCUCCCACCGUUGCAGGUGCCAGAGCAAGUGGCCCAAGCAUCAUUGAUACCUCCCCUGAAAAAACCCCCCAAAUGGAUGAGAAGACCAGCAGGCGUUUCAUUUGCUUUUGGGGGGAAGCUGGUUACUUUUGGCCUCCCCAGCACUCCUGCACAUCAAGUGCCACAGCCUUGCCUCCGCCUAGUCUUCAUCAGUCAGGUCACCACAGAAUCCGAAUUCCUGCUGCGGUCAGCUGAGCUGCAGGAGGCCCUGGGUUCAGGAAAUCUCCUGAAUUAUUGUCAGAACAAGAUCCAGGAAGCAUCACUACAAAGCGAAAAGAUGCUCUGGCAGUUCCUGAAGGUGACCUUAGAACAAGACUCCAGAAUGAAAUUCCUAAAGCUACUAGGAUACAGUAAAGAUGAGCUUCAGAAGAAGGUGGCCACAUGGUUAAAGAGUGACUCUGGGCUGGGUGAGAGCCCUCAGCCCAAGGGAGAUGACCUCAAAUGUAUCAGACAACAGGCCUUCUGCAGCCAGACCUCCAAACAUACUGUGGAGGAAGCCUCUGCCUCAUCAACCUUCUUUGAUGAGCUGGUCCCUCAGAACAUGACUCCAUGGGAGAUCCCCACCACAGAAGAUGUGGAUGGACUCCUGAGCCAAGCUCUCCUGCUUGGGGAACUGGGCCCUGCUGUGGAGCUGUGCCUGAAGGAAGAGCGCUUUGCUGAUGCCAUCAUCCUGGCCCAGGCUGGGGGCACAGAUCUACUGAAGCAAACACAGGAACGCUACUUGGCCAAGAAGAAAACCAGAAUCACCCCGCUGCUAGCCUGUGUUAUACAGAAGAAUUGGAAGGAUAUGUUGUGUGCCUGUAGCAUGAAGAACUGGAGAGAGGCUCUGGCCUUGCUACUGACUUACUCAGGGCCAGAGAAAUUCCCUGAGCUCUGUGACAUACUGGGAACUCGCAUGGAGCAGGAAGGCAGCAGGGCAUUAACUUCUGAAGCGAGACUCUGUUAUGUGUGCUCAGGGAGUGUGGAGCGGCUGGUGGAGUGCUGGGCAAAAUACCAUCAGACUUCAUCCCCCAUGGCUCUCCAGGACCUGAUGGAGAAGGUGAUGGUCCUUAAUAGGAGCUUGGAGCUACUGCAGGGACCUGAUGGGGUGACCCCAGGCCCUGCCACCACCUAUAGGGUCACUCAGUAUGCCAACCUCCUGGCAGCCCAGGGCAGCCUGGUCACUGCCAUGAGCUACCUACCCAGUGACUGUGCUCAGCCACCAAUUCAGCAACUGAGAGAUCGGCUUUUUCAUGCCCAAGGUUCUGGUGUCUUGGGCCAGCAGUCUCCUCCUUUCCCCUUUCCCCGGGUUGUUGUGGGAGCUACCCCCUACUCUCAAGAGACAUCUCACAGACUGGGAUUCCAGCCUUCUCACCAGGUUUCAACUCCAUCUCCAAGGCCAAGAAUUUUUACACCUCAGUCUUCACUGGUGAUGCCCUCGACACCUUCCCAUCCCAGCCCUUGUCCUGGGCCUAGAAUGCAGAACACAAGUGACUGUAGGCCACCUGGGUUCCAGGCAGUGCAGCCUUCGGCCCUGGGCCCUGGGCUGAGGCCUGCUUUAUCUCAGCCGCAGCUGUUAGGAGGGCAAAGGGUGCAGGCUCCUAACCCUGUGUACUUCCCUGGAACAUGGCCUCUUCCUGGUCCCCCUCCACCCACGGCACCCCCAGACAUCAGGCAGCCUGGCUCUGCCUCCCUGCCUGAGACUCCUCGCCUGCUCCCUCUGCUUUCUGUGAGACCACCGGGCCUCAGCCCUGGGAGCUCACAGCCGCCAGCCCUUCCUGUUAGCUUCUCUGCGGCACAUCCUCCAGGAGGGCCAGGUGCUCCAUGCACUGGUGUCCUCCCAGCCGCUGGCACCUUGAUGCCUCACCAAGGACCUCAAGACUCCUUGAAAAAUUCUCCAGUGCCCAGGGGAAACCUCCAGAGGAAAAAGUUUCCAGAGACAUUUAUGCCCCCAGCACCAAUUACUACUCCAGUUAUGUGCCUCACCCCUGAGCCACGAGGGGUCCUUUCCUCACAGCCUGCUGUCUCCCUUGUGAGCCAUGCUCCCCCUGGAGCCCCAGGAGAACUCAGCCUGCAGCAAUUUCAGUGGCCACCUGAGAAGAUGGAAAAGAAAGAGCUGCCCCCCGAACACCAGUCCUUGAAGAUCAGCUUUGAAGCGCUUUUGCAACGCUGCUCUCUGUCUGCCACUGACUUAAAAACAAAACGGAAGUUAGACGAGGCAGCUCUACGUCUCGAACAUCUAUACGAGAAGCUCUGCGAGGGGACGCUCUCGCCUCACAUCCUGGUGGGGCUCCACGAGGUUGCUCGAUGCGUGGACACAGGAAGCUUUGAGCAGGGCCUCGCGGUGCAUGCCCAGGUGGUGGGCUGCAGCAGCUUCAGCGAGGUCUCCAGCUUCAUGCCUGUCCUGAAGUCUGUCCUCACCAUUGCUCAUAAGCUGCGUAUCUAAACCAGGCAGCUGCUCUUGCCAGGAAGCUGCUUCUACUGUGACUUAACUUUUUCCCACAGGAAAGGGGAAUUUCCAAACAAAUUCUGUUUGUUUUUCUCAGCCCUCUUCUCUUGCUACCAGGUAUAUGAUGCUGCAGGCUUGGUGCCUGCAAAUCAGCAGAGUGCCUGCUCUCUACCCCUUUAUGCCUGGCCUUCUGGGGCUCUCGCAGCCUGUUUUAAAACUACUCCCACAGGGCCUGAUGCAUGGUGUCUUCUCCCCCAGGGAUAUUCUAAGUGGCUUCUGAGAGGGUGAGCAGGAUUGUUACUUCCAAGUCUACCUCUGCUGUAUCCAUCAUGUGGGACUUUUGUUUUCCCUUUCUGUGGGUUACAAGCCUGACCUUACCUCCUCCUCGCCUCUGACUUCAUAUUUCCAGGUCUGUAUUUCUCUGAGCACUAGAGGCUGGGGUAGAGUUGACUGUUGUUCACCCUUUGAACAAGUCAUAGACAUGAGGGCUGGGUGCUGAGCAGAACCAAGAGAAGGAACGUAGGCCCUUUUGAAAAGGGACUUCUCAUCUGCCAGCAUUAUGAAGGGUGGAAGGGGUGCACUGCCUUUUGCUGAGAGCUUUCUUAGGGUAUAGGAUAGGAGCAGAGGGACCACUGCCCAUGGGGAACGGCCUCUGACUCAGCCUGACUGAGCCCCAGCCCAAGGCUUAGACCAUUCAUUCUGUGACCAGAAUAGGUUCUGGAAUAGGAGCCAUAUUAACGAAAGACUUAAAACACUGCUCCUCAAGGCUUGGAGGCCGUUCUCCAGUCCCCACACGUCUCAGGACUGCCUACUCUGGCUGCACUUUCGUGGUUGGGCUCUGCAUUUGAAACACUGAUGUACUUAAUGUGCAAUAAAGCUGCUUUAAUUUGG